AUGAGUAUAUAAUCUAAAUAAUAUCUCUCUACAUCAGCACCUCAUGUGGAUACAUCUCAAUUAUCAAAUGUGUCACCAAAAAAGGAGUUUUAUGAUGCCACAAAACAAUUGGAAGCUGUGAAAAGAAGAGUCAGUCUUCUUAGAUUGGAGAAUGAAAUAAGAGAGAAGAAAUUGCAAAUUCAACAAUAAAAACAGGAACAAAUGAAUAAGAUUAGGGAGGAUCAUGAAUAAUUCAAGGAAUACAAAUAAGCUCAUAAGGAGUAAGUGAACAUGCAAUUACAGAAUCUAGUGCAUAAAACGAGGAGUAUGAAAAUGCAACAGUCUCAAGAUAAAAAACUAAUUCAAUAUAACUUUCGAUAGAUGAAGUAACAAGAAGUUAAGAAUAUUAAAGAGCAAUCUCAAAGAAAUGAGUACAUUAUUCGAUAGAACUUGGAUUCAAUAAAAUAAUAAAAAGCAGAAUAAAAAUAACAAGUUCAGAGUUCUGUAUAAAUUGCUCAAUAAACUAUUCAAAACUUUCGCAAAUAAAAGUACCUUCGUUUCAUUCAGGAACAUCAAAUCUCCAAAUCUCAGCAUUCUUUGGAAGCAGAUUUAAAAUUGCAGUAGAUCGAAGAACUCAAGAAACAAGAAGCUUAUCUUUUGAUCAGACUUGAUGAAACCAAUAAUCAAGUUAACAAACUCAAUCAAAGCACUCUAAUCAAGCAAUCUCAAACGACACCUAAGACUCCAUCCUAUUUUUGAGAUAUUAUUAUUAUAUUUUUACAAAACAUCCAUAUUAUACU